AUGAGCUUUCAGCAUUUUCGCCUGGGAGAGCUCGCCAUCCAUCAGCCUUUGCAGCAGCAGCCUGUUGUCCAGCCGCAAGUCGGCACCUCCAUCUCUAGCACGAAAGCGCCCUAUGGAUCAGGAGAUAGCGACGAUGGGUACACACUAGUCUUCGCCAACUUGGACGAGUUUCAGGCAUGGCGCAACACAGAGGAGGAGCGCAACUGCGUUGAGUUUGUCAAGGGCGACACCCAUGGCAGCAAGGCAGACCCGCCUCGCUUCAAGGAUCAUACGAAACUCGUUUGUGCCAGGCAUUCUCGCAGUGGCAGGAAAAAGUACGUGAAGAAGCACCCAGAACGUGUUCGCAAGGUCCCCAGUCGCAAGCUUGAAGGAACGGGAUGCUCGGCAUCUAUCAGCUACAAAACCUACUUCGACAGCGAGCAAGUGCGCGCCUGCUAUAUUUCACAACACUCGCAUGAAAUCGGUCCGGCUAACCUUCCUUUCACGCGUCGUGGUCGAAAGGCUGCCCUGCAACAUGAGAAGGAACGUGGUCGCAACAAAACUGCUCCCCCUGAACAACCCGCUGCAGGUCCCAGCACCCAGGCCGCGGCGCAUGCGCCUCCCGUGGCCAGCUCUUCCUUCUCGUCGGCCGUGUCAAUGCUAGCGCCGCUUCCCGGCCAAACGUUCACCCCUGCAGCACCAGUUCAGCCUUACACUGGAUUUCCUGCGGGUAUCAACUACCAGCCGCAGCAAACCCACCCUCAAGAGCGCUGGGACAAUAUGGUCACACUCUUCCAAACAGUGCGCGAUCAUGCCCGAGCAUUCGAGUAUCCUCCCGCGAGUGUCGCUGCUCUCGAGACCGUUUUGAUCCGCCUCUACUUGGAAAGCCCGAUGGGAUUGACGCCUCAGCAAAAUAUGGGAGCAAUCGUCCAAGGUACUUUGGCGCUGGCGGCUCGAAAUCAAGCCCAGGCGAAUGCAAGUCAACCGAACAUGAAUGGGAACGACGCUGCAAGCAGCUCAAACGCCGAAGACACUUCAUAG